GAAAUUGUUUUGUUAUCAUUCUGUUUACAGUGCUGUACAAUUAUUUAAAUUUUAAUAAUGUUAAGUUAAUUUGCCUAUUUGAGGGUGGUAACUUAAACGCAAAAAUAAUAUUUGUAGGUGUCAGAAGAUUGGAGAUACGUAGGCCUAUUGGCAAAUUGAUGUAGUAUUAGGCUAAUCAAGGCUGUAAGUUAUAAUUCCAUUUAUGGAGUGAAGAAGUAGGCCUAGGCCUAGCAAGAUGAGCCAAAUACAAUAUGUUGAUGAACUGAUUAGAGAAUAUUUACUCUAUCGGGGUUUUAGUGGAACAUUAAAAAUGUUCGACUCUGAGCUUAAAAUGGACAAGGAAAAAGGAUUUCGGGUUGAUAAAAUUGUGGAUCAGAUCAUGCAAUAUAUUUAUACUUGCGAUCUUAAUGGUUUGAGGGAGCUAUGGGGACACUUAGAACAAAAAAUGUUUUCCAAGCUCGAAAAUGAGUUUACUUCAGCUAUUCGUAAACUGGAAAGCUCCAUUCUAAAGCUGUAUGUUGUGAAUGCUGUAAGCAACAACAAAGCAGACAAAGUAACAGAGUUCUUCACACGCCUCACUCCUGAGCUGCAGGGACAGUCUGAGUGGAAGGAUUGGUUCAUGUUGCCUUAUGUGAAAAGUCCAGAGGAAAGCCCAAUGUUCUCUGUGCAGUUCACCCGUACUUGGCAGGACACUUUAAUGGUUUCAUUACAUAAUUUCCUAGCAAUUAUUUACCAGUCCAUGCCACUACCAGUGCUUGCCUGCUACGAGGAGGAGGCAAGUCGAGUGAGGAGGUUGACAGAAGAGAAUGACAGUCUGAGACUGCGGCUCUCCUCACUGCAGCAACGCAACACCAAUGUCUCCCCACCACCUGAGCUCAUGGACGACUUCUACAUCAUAGCUCAAGAAACUCCCGCCAGUCUUGAAGUUCAGGGAAAGACUUUAAGGAGGCUUAUUAGAACCAUUGGAGGAGGACAUCCUACCAGCCCCAUAAUGGGACGCAAACCUCAAGAAUUUACUAACACCAAACGGCACAACUCAAAACAGCGAUUGAGCUCCACUCCCACAAGUGUUUGGGGGAAAAGUCCCAGUGAAGGAGGAGGAGCUUCAAAGCGCUCUGUAUCACUGGAGGCUAGGUCUCGUACUAAACACAGCCCCAGAGAAGCGUCACUCGACAGAACUGGCAAACUGCCCAGACAAGAGUUCCUGCUGCUCAGCCAAGAGGAGAUGUGUGAACACAAGUCAGCUGUUACCCAGUGUCAGUUCAAUGCUACAGGUGCAGUGGUUGCCAGCUGUGAUGUAGACGGAGCAGUUAAAGUCUGGUCACCUGCACCUCAACCCAAAUUGCUAUCAAGCCACAGUCACAAGGCAGCAGUGUUAUGUCUGGACUGGGUGAGCAAGAAUGAGAGAUACUUAGUGUGCGGCUCUAGAGUCGGCUCCAUAGCUCUCUAUGAUAUGAAGGAACACAAGACUUUAUGGGACAUGUCAGUGGCCUCUGAAGAUAAGACAAGGGUGGUGUGUGUUACAUGCAGCCCGUCAGAAAAUGUGUUUGUUGGUGCGUGUGUCACUGAACAGAACCAGGGAAAGCUGCUCCUAUACGACAUUAAGUCCAAAAAACUUGAGAGAAGUCUGAGUCUAGGUCCAGGAUUGGCCACGUUGUAUGCUGCUUGCUGUGCGUACAACCACAAUGGCCAGCUGUUGGUGUGUGGCUGUAGUGACGGAACAGUGCGGACACUGGACCUGCGGCACGGCGACGUGGUGGACUCCUGGAGUGGCCACCAGGGGGCUGUUACUCAGCUACAACUCACUCCUGACCAAAACCACUGCUACUCCCUCGGCACAGACAAUAAGUUGUACAGACACAGUUUUAACCAGCCCAAGCAGCCAGUGUGGGAGACAGUACUGCCAGCCGGGGUGUCCUGCUUCACCUUGGAUCAGUCAGCCAGUCAUGUCCUGCUGGGAGGCACCCAGGGAGCUGGUAUACAUCAGGUAAAUUUGGAGGGAGUACAGCCAGUACUGAAGCUGUCCUCAGCCCCCGUGGCAACAUGUCACUGGGCCAAUGCUAACCAGUGUGGGACUUGUGUUACGGCAGCACCUGAUGGGCGUAUCCGCAUCUUUACACUCCUCACCCCAUGAUCUCCACAUCAAGGAUCUUCUACAGACACUUUAAAUCAUUUAUGAUAGGCCUAUGAUGACAUUAAAUACUGUAUGUGAUGGUCCACGUUCAUAAGUGACUUCUAGUGCAAAUUUAUAUUCAUAAUUUAUGUGAGAUAAUUUUGUACACUUUUUCUGUAGAUAUUGAAGUGUUAUCUUUAGUUUCAGUUAUGGAUUAACAAUCACUCUCAUUUUAUUGGCAAAAUUGAAACAAAUUUAGAAUACCAAAAUAUUUCCAAAUUACCAUAAUCAAGGUAUUGUCUGAGAUAUGUCAACACUUGGAUUACUGCUGUUAUACAUAUUAUAUUUUGAAAGGUGAAUUUGUAUAUUAUAGUGAAUUUGUCCUAUGAGAAAGACUAUUUUGACAUUGUUAACACUAACACUGUUAACAGUUUAACAAGGCUUUGUAGGGUAAAAAAUCAAGAUCUUAGCCACUUCAACUCCAGAAAGUGCUACAACUAGUGAUGUUAUUCUAAAUGUAGUGAUGUUACUGGUUAAAUUCUUCCUUCCAAAAUAACAACGUUUUGGUUAAAUGUUUAUUUUUUUAGACUAAUUGUCGACGUACACAACAUAGAAUGUAAGUACAAUCAUAGAUUGAAUUUACCCCUUAAAAUAGACUUGUCAUCUUUAUGGAUCAGCCGAGGACAAUUUUACAGAAUGUUUCUGUCCCCUGUAUGUAUAUAACCUUUACACCUACUAGUCUUAUCUUGUCUCUUUAUUAUCUUUAACACUUUAUUGAGUUUUGUCUAAAACUCAAUGGUGUCUUGUAAACUAUUGCUUAUCCUGUGGUACUACAACCAAAGAGUAAAGUAGGUACAUGAGAUCACAGAACAUUACUCUCACUUAAGAGAGAAACAUUGUUGACAUCAACACUGUCUAAGCUCACCGGACAUAAAAAACAAUAUCAGAUCUGACAAUAACACACAGGUUGUUGUUUUGUUGAUAAGUCUUUUGGCAGUAUUCAAACGUAUAGUACAGAAUAAUAUUGCCAAUUUAGUAUUGUACACAAGCAUAAUUUUGGGUUUUUAUAAAUAAUAUUUAACCCUUACCGCGUUGUAGAGGAAUAUACUCGCCGAAUUUCCCUUUGCUCAAAACGCAGAGAACUAUGGACUACUAUACUCGCAUUUACAGAGUGCAUUGGCUGGUCUUGGUAGUUCCCAGUUUUGCCGAUAGAGUGCAGCAGCUAUUGGGGAAUAUCUCUUGUGAUGGAAAAUCAUAAUAACAACGUUCCCCGCGUGAUUGUUCAAAAUGGCGGCACGCUACACUUGCCGGUCUCUGCUAUGAGAGAUGCAAGCGCUGUGGACGGACUAAACUCGCAAGUGUUAAGUUCACUCGCAGACUCUGCGGGGAACUUUGUUCUCCGCUGCGUUGGUUAUUAUAUUGGUUUUAUUGUUGUUGUAUUAUUAUAAUUAUAAAAAUAAAUCAGCUUUGACUUAUGGGAAAAAUUCAAUGGGUCAAGGCCAUCCAACUUAUCUAGUUAUCUGUAGCGCUGUAAUGGUUAAGCAACUAAUUUCCUAAAUUUAAAUUUAUUCCCUGUGAAAUGUGAAAAUUAGUGUUAUUUAAGGCAUGAAAUUAAUUGAUCUAUUAUAAAGGUUGACCGAUAAAAACCGUAUGUUUUUAAUCUAUCUUCUAUAUAAUUAAUACGCCAACACAAAAAUCGUCCGUUGAACUCCUCCGCCAUUUCUCAACUGAUUUUGACCAUCCACGUCUCAUUGGAAAGAGCGUGUCACGUAGAUUUGCAAACUGACCUUAAGAUUCUUUUUAAAAGUCCCUUGGGCUCUGCCCCAGUGGCUUUUAAAGUUCCCAUGUUAUCCUUAUGAAGAACAUAUUUGUUUACAUUAUGAAUGUCACCCCGAUUGAGAGAGUCGAUAAUUAUGUCUACAUGGCCGCAAUGGAUGAUCAGAAUUUUGCCGCGAUUGCAGAAGACAAUGUUCAUGUCCUCAUGACUGCGAGAGAUAUUUAACAUUUUACUGUGAUGGCAGAAGACGAUUAUGAUGUCUAAAAGGCCGUGGGAUAUGUUCAUGCUUUUGCUGCAAUCACAGAAGACAAUAACGAUGUUACAAAACCGCAGGAAAUGAUAAAAAUUUAGGCCACGAUCUUGUAAUAUGAUGAUAACGUUUCCUUGACCGAGGGAAAAGAUUAUGUUGAUUCCAUUACCACUGAGCGAUAUUCAGGAUUUUGUCAUGACCAUGGAAGAUUGUGGUGAUGUUUUUGUCACACUGAGAAAGAUAUUCAGGAUUUUGCAAUGAUCGCGGAAGACGAUGAUUAUGCCUCUAUGACAGCGGUAGAUGAUUACGAAAUUACCUCGAGUUUGGCUUGUUCCAAAAUUUCAGGAUGGCACACCUCUAGUUAUAAUAAAGUUUUCUGUUGACAUUUGUUGUAAUAUCUUCAUUUAUCUUUAAUAUAGUAUUCAUUCCAUGUGUUUAGAAGGGUUUGAAACUUAAAUUGGCUGGUUAAAAAUUGUCAUUACUGCAUUAAUUUUUUUUCUUUAGAAUACUUGAAAAACAAUCCAUAACUCCAAAAUUACAUACUUGAGGGAAGUGCAUAAAGGUAGGGGUUGGUGUAGUAAUCCAUACAGAAAAUUUGGUAAAAUUAAAAAAAAUUGUAUUGGUAUCGAGAAUUAAUUUUUCAGUUACCGGUAUGGAGAAUCAAACUAUUUUGGCAUUGACAAAUUUAAUAUAUUGUUUAAUGAGUUAUUCAUAAAUUGCAGAUAAGAGGAAUUAGUUUUUAAUUUUCUGUUUAUAAUAUUUAAUCACAGUAAUAUUCAAAAAUUUCAUACUUGUACCAGGCAAUAUAAUUUUGUUCCUUUAACUGAAGUAGGCUAAGCUUUGUUCGAUAACUAACAUAGCGAACUGUGUUAGCGCUAAAACAUAAUUGCGGGAGUUGGCACGAAAACACGGUGGAAAGUUUGGUAUAAAAAGUACGACCUGAACCACCUAAAAAGUUGGCCUGGUGGACACCCUGUAAACCUAGUUGGCUACACUUAUCAGAUGCUAUUUACUUAUAGAAAAAAUGUCAGUCAGGUGGAGUCUACUUUUAUUCUUGCAGCUUUCAAUAAUGUUCUUAAAUUCCUCAAGAUCCAUCAAGGUUUGAGAAUGAAAGUGUAGACGAGAGAUUAGAGAACGCAUAAAAGAAAAUUCACACACGUUUAAAUCUGAUGACCUUGGGGCCACAGAAAUCCCCUUCCUACAAACAUAAUACACGUUGUCCAUUGAAUCCUGAGCAGUGUGCACAAUGAAUCUUGUUGAAAAUAAACAUAGGUAUUGUUAAUCAAACGUUGCUGCCUCACCUAUGAGUUGAAAAAAUUGCAUGAGCUGAGCAUAAGUUUCAACAUCUACUACGUCCUGACAGUUUUUUUUUUUUUUUUUUUCAGCAAAGCGUAUUCUUUUUCAGAUACAUCCAGUUUUCCUUAAAUUGCUAAUUCACCUGUGGAUUGUAUUUUGGCUAGAAACUAUAUCGUGGAGUCUAAGAUAAAAGGGAACUAAAAAACUCACUGUACUGCCUUGAUAGACUCGCCAUUUCGCACACACUUAUUUAUUAUAGGCAAACAUACAGUGUUUACCGUCCAAUGCUCCAUGGCUGAUAAAAUGGCAUAAAUUAAAUCAAUGAAUGACACCCCUCCCCCCUCUCGACAAUAAUUGUGGAGCGUUUACGAUCUAUUUGAAAAAAGUUCGGUUCCUGUCGAUCACCAUGUAUUAGAGCACAUAUUGGCAUAAACAAACGUAAAGACGUCUCACAGUAAAGUUAAAUCUUAAAUAGGUUUUUUAGUUUAUUGCAUCAAUGAUUUACUAACUAUUGUCCAAUUUUUUUUUUUUUGACAACCGAGGUAGCAUCUUGGGCUGAUAUGCUAGACCAAACAUCUGCAACUGCACUGUCACUGCUCUCAUCAGUUGCUUUGAAUCAAAACACAGACAGCUAAAGCUGGAGGCAGCUAAAGCAAUAAAGUUUUUUGUUGUUUUAUUUUAGAAAAGCUAUGGUUGAUACCAUACAAUCCAAAUAUGAGAAGAAUAACUUCCACCAAAGUAUUUUUAUUUGUUAAUUGAAUAUUCGUUUAAGAUAUUCAUUCGGGAAAUUCAAAGGCACUUUAACCACUUCUUCUCAAUUUCUGUAUUGUAAAGACGAACUAGAUAAACCGAAGAUUUGUUUGUAAGAGGUCGUAGGAGGAUCAAAAUCUUUGGAAUCCUAGAGGAAUUACAAAAUAAAUGCCAGUAACUAAUAACAAUAAACGGUUAUUGUUGUGAUAAUAAUAGGUUUAAAAGUUGUAAGCUGUGAAAUUAAUGAUUAGCUUAAAAAAUUGAUAAAAAACUUACUGGCCUAGCUCUUAGCCUUUAUUGGCUUAAAAAUCUGUAAUGAAGCUGAAAUAGAUUACCGAGGUUUACCUGUAUUUUUUUUAAAUUUCUUAGUUUUAUUUAGGUAUUAUUUACAAUAUGUGAUACAUAACAUUCCUCAAUAAAUGUUUAAA